UCAUUUUCUUAUCUUGAGUUCAUCUUCUUCUCUCUCAAGAGAGUGUGAGCUCUGAUCGUUUCUGUUCAACUUCAAUUCCUCUAAUACUCGGUUAUUCAAAGUUUUUGUAGGAUGAGAAAGGUGAAGAAAGCUGAGGAGUUGAUUAAAACGAUGUUGAGGAUUGGUUUGAAACCAGAUAACUUUACAUACAGCGGUCUUAUUAAAAGCUUCAAGUGAAUGUCGGAGAGAGAGGUGACGUAAGAGAGAUGUUGAGUUCAAUGGAUAGACAAAUUGUAGAAGAACUUGACCUGAGAAUGAGUGUAGUAGCUUCUUUGUAAAUUGUAUCUUCAAGAGGUUAAGCGUGUGGUGGUGGUCCAAACGCAAUAAAAAUCCCCCGCUCGAGGGUAUUUUAGUAAUUGUAACAGCCCCGAAAUACUAGGGCUUCCGCCCCCGCCUUCCUCACCUACUAUAAAAGCACUCUAAGUUUGUUAAUACAAUCCGUUAAUUUACCACUCGCCGUCUCUCUCACUCUCUCUUCCUUAUCAUCAAAACCAGCUAACGAUCAAAAAUGUCUGACGGAUCAGAAGAAACGAAAACAAAGCUUGAUUCUUCCGGAGAGUCAUCGGACGUCGAUAACGAGAACUGCAUUAGCAGUGGAGGUGGAAGUAGCGCCGAAGCGAAGCGGACUUGCGUUGAUUGCGGAACAUUCCGAACUCCCCUUUGGCGCGGUGGCCCUGCUGGACCUAAGUCGUUGUGCAAUGCGUGUGGGAUCAAGAGCAGGAAGAAGAGGCAAGCUGCUCUCGGAAUCAAACCAGAGAAGAAGAUCAGAAAAAGCAUCAUCAUCACCAGUGAUACUAGUGAUCUAAGCCUCGAAGAUGAUGAUCACAAAACUUGCAGCAGCAGCAGCAGCAAAGGAAUAAGUAGAUUUUUGGAUUUAGGGUUUAAGGUUCCGGUAAUGAAGAGAUCAUCGGUUGAGAAGAAGAAGAGGCUGUGGAGUAAACUCGGCGAGGAAGAGAGAGCCGCCGCCGUGCUUCUCAUGGCUCUCUCUUGUGCCUCCGUUUAUGCUUAAAAACGAUGAAGAAUAAUAAAAGCUUUCUUCUUCGUUUUCUUUUUGUAGGUUGUUUAAACUAGAGAGAGAGAUAUAUAUAAUGUAUGAACGUUUGGUUUCCACUAAUGUUAUGUAUUCAUUAUCUUAAUGAAUUUCUAUUUUUUAA